AUGUCCCUGUCCCUCCUUGCCGUGGCAGCGGAGGGCCAAGGGGACCCGGUGAGCCGGCGAUCGGCGGUCCUCGCCCGAGGGCAGCUCCUGAUGCUCGACGACCAGCGCAUCCACCUGCCGCACUGGGCCAAAGUGGUGAAGAGCAGCUCCCCUUCCUUCCCCUCCGCCUCGCUGUCCAGCCCCAGGCUCUUUGGGAGAUGGAGCCGCAUCUCCUUUGCUCCGCAGGUGCUGGGAAAUGCCACAGCUGCCCGUUAUGUGGCUGGCCUGGCCGUCCACUGGUACCUGGAUGCCAUUGUCCCACCUGCCUGGAGCCUGGAGGCCACCCACAAGCUCUUCCCUGACCAUUUCCUUCUCUACACUGAGGCCUGCACUGGCUUCUUCAUGUUCCGCUUCGCCGUGUCCCUGGGCUGCUGGGAGAGAGGAGACCACUACAGCUACAGCAUCCUGACGGUCAUGAACCACUUUGUGUCCGGUUGGACCGACUGGAACCUGGCCCUGGACCUGGGUGGAGGUCCCAACUGGGUCAAGAACUUUGUGGACAGCCCCGUCAUCGUGGAUGGCAGCAAGGAUGUCUUCUACAAGCAGCCCAUGUUCUACCACAUGGGGCACUUCAGCAAGUUCAUCCCCGAGGGCUCCCGGCGUGUGGGACUGCACAGCAGCCGCCGCUGCCUCCUGUGCCAGCUGGAGCACGUGGCUGUCCUGCGCCCUGACGGUGCCCUUGUCCUGGUGGUCCUCAACAGGUUUGGCCGGGAUGUGCCCUUUGGAAUCCGGGACCCUGCCAUGGGCUUCAUUGAGACUGUGGCUCCAGCUCACUCCAUCCAGACCUACCUGUGGCGCCAGCAGUGACAACCAGGGGACUGCUGGGGGGCUCUGGGGGUCAACUCUUCAUCCACCCUUUUCAACAUCCCUCAAGGGUGGAAGAAGAAGAUGGGAGUGCACGAGGGGUUCUGUGUGUUCCUGGCACUGGGACCUGCUGCUCCCCAUCCUCCCGGCACUUCCCAUCCCCCUGGAAGUUCCCUCAGUCUCCUGGAGCACACUUCCACACGUGGCCCCCUUGAAACCUUCGCGUGUGCGGCGGGCGCCAAGUAAAGCCAUGACGCGCUCCCUCCGGAAUGCGCCGUUGUUCCCGUCAGUGUUUCCUCUGCGCGCUCGGAAAUCGCUCGGUUUUCCUCGCCGGGGCCAGGGCUGCCCCGGGGGCUCCU